CGCGUUGAAAGGAGUCAUCAGUUAGCACAAACACCACAUCUCAACUGCAACACAAGUUGCUAGGAUGAAUACAGGUGCUUCUUUAAAACCGAAUACUGAGGACUUAAAACGAAAGCCGCUAAUUGUAAACAGUGAAGGUCAUCGUCGCUGCGUUGACAAAUGAGUCCGCUCUGUUACCUUUUUGUAGUAUGUACUUCUGUACUCCUUACUUUAGGAGAUGCAGAGAUGUUUGGGGCACCCAGAAAACUGAAACCGAACGAGGCGACCAUAGAAAAAUUUAAUCAUGAGUUGGUCAAGGUAGCCCAUAAAUUCAACUCCGAGCAUGGAAACAGCAGUCUUCAUAUCAUAACUAAGUUGGUAAACGUGACCUCCCAGGUCGUUCAGGGGAUUUUAUAUACAUUUUACGUUAAGUUUUCCCCUACAUCGUGCACAACUUUUGCCAAUGACAACACUCAUGUUUUGGGCGACAUUUUUCUUAAUCAGAAUUCUUGUGACAUAACUGGUGGAGAGGUAUUUUUAUUUAUGUUAAUGCUGUUUAUUUUCUACUCAGAGUAAGAUUUGCAAAGUCACUGUUUGGCAAAGACCAUGGCUCCAAUCUGAUGCUUCUGAGAUAAUUAAAAUAGUUAAUUGUUCUACGGAUACGAUUUGAUCUGCUCUCGUUCUAUGCUAUGCCAUAAAUUCAUGCAAUGGUGGGGAUUUAGAUUUUAACAUUUGAUUAUUCGUAUACUGCAAAGUUUGCUUCAUUCGCCAUGCGUGUAUUUGAUUCAUUAGUUAAUUAGAUUUGAAUUUCACGGAAAUAACCUGACUUCAUACUCUUCAUUUCUGGCGAUUCAUUAUUGAACCUAAUAGUCGCAUUUGAUUUUGUUUGCAGUAAUAUAUUCUAGUAAAGUAAAUAUGAUUUCAUGAGGCUAAUAUUUUUCCGGCAGUUUACUUCUAAUUUCAUAUUUGGGGACUACUGACAAACAAUCCCUAUCUCUGGCAUUUAAAAACUAUUCUUAUUAGUUUCUUUUAGCUGCUCUUAUAACUUAUUCAUACAUGGGAUUUCAUUUUAAUUUCGGUGUUAUAAUUGUUGUACGUGUUUUAAACCGUGAAAACUUGUUAAUACUGAAUUAUAAACUUAAAACUAGAUUUUGCCGUGCUUCAUUUGUGUUUCGGUUAAUAAAGGUUUUCUCAUAUUCAAAUGUUGUAAGUUGGUUUUAAUUUUGUUUGUCUUUUUAGUUCGGUAUGUAAUCAGAGCUUAUAUUUUAUUUUCAACAAAAAUAAUAAGCAUAGAAAAUCUACGUCAUAAUCCUAAGAGACAUGUAUAUUCACUAAAUCUACUUUUACAUUCACCCUCAAAUUCAAAACCUACACAACCUUGUGUUCUUUUGAUCUUCCUGAUGUAUUGUGCAGGUUAUAUAAACGAGAUGAAAAAUGACUCAUCCCGUCUUAUACUGCUUGUCGCUACUAUUCCAUAUGUUUUAAUCACUCCUUUUAGAUUCAUUUCUACUGAACAUCAUUUUCGAAAAUAUUAGCUUAUAGAGACCAG